AUGGCUGAGCAAGCUGAACCGUUGGCCCGGAUGGAGCAAAGAAUGAAGCAACAAAUGGAGGAGCAAAUGAAGGUGGUCAACGACCAGAUGGCCCAAAUGAGAUUAAUGAUGGCUGAACUCAUAACCGGUCGGCGACAAUCGCCGGCUGCCCCAGCGGCACCUACGUUUCAAGCCCAAACGAGCUUUGAUCCCCGGAUAACCGCUCAGGGCGAUGGGACCUAUGAUGGCAUGCCUCCCCUUGAGGAUGUUGUUUUGCUUGGAGUUACAAACGCUGUCCCACCCCCCGUGAAUGUUAUCCCACCCGGAGUUCGGGGCACAACUCAAACUUUUGGGUAUACCGGUUUGCCCACAGCUCGGAUCGUCACACCACCCUUGGUGACCAUCCCUCAACCCAGAGGUACUAUCGGGAUAAUGAAUGACGAAAGUGCCAAGCUCUUGGCCAAGAUGGACCAAAGGCUACGAGAAGUCGAGGGGACUCGGAGCAUUGCCCCAAUCGACUUAUCGGUAUUUACCAGGGUCCAGGUGCCGGACAAGUUUAAAAUGCCGACCUUUGAGAAGUAUGAGGGAACCUCUAAUCCGAUCCAGCACGUUGAGAUGUACCAAGGUUUGAUGAAUAAGUAUGUCUCCAACGGUCCGCUUAUGGUUCAAACGUUUCAGGCUAGUCGAAGGGUGCUUGCCAUGCAGUGGUAUACCAACCACAAGAUCAACCGCAUGGAUUCAUGGGAGGAUGCAGCAAAUGCUUUCAUUAAGCAUUUUAAAUUCAAUUUAGAUGUCACCAUCUCUCGUGAAGACCUUGAGCGGACUGAGUUGAAAAAGGGGGAAACCUUGAAAGAGUAUGCAACUCGAUGGAGAAAUAUGGCGGGACAGAUUAUGCCCGAGCCACCGGAGCGAGACUUGAUGAAGUUGUUUGUAUCUACUCUCCCGUUGGCAAUCCGUUCGCGCAUGUCGGUUACGGCGGUCCGAACAUUUAGCGAGCUCAUUUCUAUGGGAGAGGAAAUUGAAUCUGGAUUGAAGAAGGGGUGGUACGGUGAAGCCACUGCUUUUGGGAAGCGAUUUCUUGGGAAGAAGGAUAAGGAUCACUCCCCCGAAGUCAAUAUGACUUAUGUCCAGAAGGUACCAGCUGACGUCCAGAAGAUGCAGGUUGCUCCUCAACGGACACCGGGCUAUAGUCGGCAGAAUCGGAGGACGAAUCGGUGCAAGAACCGAACGUUUACUCCACUUCCUGGUACACUUUCCCAAGUCUUGGACGUCCUACGCAAGAAGGGUCUGUUGUCCUCCGAGCCCCAACGUCCCAAUCCUGCGAAGUAUCCUAGGUAUGAUCCUACAAAGAAGUGUGACUAUCAUUCCAACGAACAGGGUCAUUCGGUCGAUGAUUGUCCCGUGCUCAAGCACCGGAUCCAGGAUCUACUUGAGACCGGAGCAUUUGCAUUUCAACCAACUGGUAAGCCCAAUGUUCAGAGCAACCCGCUACCGGAUCAUUCGGGCGAUAUUUGA